AUGAAGUACCUUCAAAUAUUAGCUAUUUCUGCACUUUUGACUUUUUCAAGUUUAACUGUUAAAGGGAAUCUCUUCCGCAAUUUUGGCAGCUAGUUUGAAAAAAUUUACAAAUCUAAGCAAGGAUUAACUGAGGAUAAGGGCUCUAAUCAAUUUACAGUUCACAUUAUUCCUCAUACCCAUGAUGAUGUGGGAUGGAUUAAGACGGUUGAUGAGUUUUAUUCAGGAUCAAGAUAAAGGGACUACAAAGCAGGGGUCAGAGUUGUCAUUGAUGGAAUGAUACAAGAAUUAUUAAGAGACUCUAAGAAAAGAUUCUCAUAUGUUGAGAUGAAGUUUUUCUCUCUUUGGUUUUAUGAGCAGACUCACGAAAUGUAAGAUAAGGUAAGGAAAUUGGUGAAAGAUGGGUAACUUGAAUUUCUAAAUGGUGGGUGGAGUAUGCAUGAUGAAGCUUGCCCUCAUUUUGAAGAUAUGAUUGAAAACAUGAUGUAUGGUCACAAAUUUUUGGAUCAAGAAUUUGGAUUCAAGCCAAAGAUAGGCUGGUCUAUCGAUCCUUUUGGCCAUUCUAACACAAAUGCUAGAUUUUUCGCAGAAAUGGGUUUUGAUGCUUGGUUCUUCGCUAGACUUGAUUAUUAAGACAAGGAUAGAAGAUAGAAUGAUACAGAACUAGAAUUUGUCUGGAGACCAUCAUUCGAUUACCUAGGCAAAAGUGCUCAAAUAUUUUCUCAUACUCUUUUCCAGCACUAUUCUGCUCCAAGCGGCUUCAAUUUUGACAUGUAUGGUAGUGCUGAUCCUAUUGAAGACAAUCCAGAACUUGAAACUUACAACAUGGAAUCAAGAAUAGAUUAGUUUUACCAAUAUGUUAUGAAUCAAAGAAAGUAUUACAAGUCUUAAAAAAAUAUGAUUUUGCUUUUCGGUGAUGACUUCAACUACUACAAUGCGAGAAUGUACUUCCUACAACUAGAUAAACUUAUUUACAACUUUAACAAAAGAUAUCCUAACAUCACACUUACAUAUUCUACACCAUCUGCUUAUAUUAAUGCUAUCAAAUAAGAAAACAUUGAAUGGACUACAAAAUAUGAUGACGGCUUCCCAUACGGUGAUGAUUAGUGGAGCUACUGGACUGGAUACUAUACCUCAAGAGCUAAUUCAAAGGACUAAAUUAGAAGGGGAUCUCAUGUGAUGCACUCCUCAGGUAAAUUGUACGCUCUUGAGUCUUUGAUCCAUGACAGAGACAAUCUUCUACAAGGAAAUAUGUCUCAAGCGCAGAAUUUCUUCUUGGAUGCCAUGGGUGUUAAUUAGCAUCAUGAUGCGGUAACUGGCACUUCAAGACAAAGAGUAGCUGAUAAUUAUGCCUGGAAAAUUUACAAAGCUAUGGCAAAAAAUAAUCCAGUUGUUGAAAGAAUAAUUGAGAAAAUCGCAAAUGGCAUAGACUCUUAGCUGAAAAGUUAGUAAUGGAAAGUAUGUCUUCUUGAAAACUCCACCUAUUUGGAUUGCCCCAUCAAUGACCACAUUAAUGAAUCUAUAUCAAUGGCUGUGAUAGUCUUUAAUCCUUCAACGAAGCCUUAAAACUACAUUCAAAUAGCUGUUCCCCAUGCUCAUUGGGAGGUUAAAGCAUUUAACACAUUGAAGUAAAAAUAUGAAAUAGCUAACUCCUCUGUGAUAUGUGAAGAUGAGACACAAUGGAAUGGUCAUAUUAUGCAUAAUUGCCAACUUUUCAUUGAAUCCACAGUAGAUGCUUAGCAAAUGGGACUAAUCUGGCUAAAGAACAAUUUCCAGAUUAACUUGCAGGUAAAAAGAUAGAAUGUCAUCAAUGGCUAAAGCUAAAUUUCUAACAACAUUGAAAGUCUUACCUUCCUAACAGAAGACAGUAAUCAUGGUCAGAAGUUUGAAAUUAAUAAGUUGGAAUACAACCAGAAAUAUGAGUUUGCUUUUGAUUUCAGAUACUAUCUCUCAUCUUAAGACGAUAUUUCAAGAAGCGGUGCAUACCUAUUUAGACCAGAUGCUAAUUUCACCUCUUCUUUCAGAUACAGCAAACUUGCUAAUAUCUCAUUGUAUAAAUCAGACAUCGUCUAAUAAAUGACUUUCGUAUAUUGGGAUGAUAAGACAAACUAAUCUGCUGUUGGGAAAGCCAGAUAUCUUAGAAAUGACCCUUUGAUGCAUUGGGAUGUUAAGAUUAAUGAAAUCCCACUUGGAGAACAAGGAAUUGAAGUAACUGUUAAUUUCUGGUCAAAUAUGGACAACAAUAAUACCUUUUACACUGACAGUAACGGUUUGGAGAUGCAAAAAAGAAUACUUGGUUAUAGACCAACUUGGAAUUUAACGGACUAAACAGAUAACACUUCUUGCAACUACUAUCCAAUUCAGACUGCGAUAGCAAUUAGAGAUGAAGAGGGCAACUAGAUGACUAUAAUGAAUGAUAAAUCCUAAGGUGGCAGUGUUCUAGAACCAGGCAGGAUUGAGAUCAUGCAGUCGAGAAGAACUUUAUUUGAUGACUCAAGAGGAAUGGGAGAACCACUCAAUGAAACAGAUCAAUAUGGCAGAGGUAUCUCAGUCUUUAACAGAUACUAGGUGCAAUUAUUUAACAGAAGGGAGGAAAAAUCACUUCAAAGACUACAUUAGGUUCAUCAGGAUGAUCCAUUAUAGUACUUCUUUAAUUUUGACCAUUCACUUGAAACACGCCUUGAUGUUUCUGAUAUUCAACAUAUUAGAUUACCAAACAGCACAGAAUUAUAAAGUCUUGGACUACCCGAGACAGGUAAGAUUGUGAUGCUCUAUAAAGACCAUAUGAGAGUAAUUAUCAGAAUUGAAAACAUUGCUGACAACUUUGAUCUAUUAGAUGCAGUUUAAAAUGUAACCUACUUUAACCUUGAGUAAUACGCUCAUCUCUUGUACAAAUUAGCCAACCAAGGUUAAGAUAUCGGAAAGAAGGAGUUUGUCAAUAUUCAUGAGGUCACAUUGACUCUUAAUCAACCAUAAGAUCAAAUGAUAAAGAAUAAAUUUGUUUGGAAAACAGUCGAUGAUUCUAUUAUCAAUGAUAAGAAAUUAGCUCUUGAUAAGGGUAAUCAAGCUAUUGCCCUUGAACCCCAAAGAAUAAGAUCCUUCAUAAUUUCAUACGGCCCUAAAAAUAUGUGA